AUGGCACAUAUGCACAUUGUGCGGGAGGGUAACGUUCCACCGCAUCCGAUUUUUCCAUUUAAGGCCUAUCACUUCGGGCGGCAACGCCAAACGCUUAAAGGAGGCGCGAAGAGAUCUUUAAAAGACAUAGCCGCAGCUCUCUCAUUGCAAAUUAAACCUUUGCCAGAGGUUGCUAGUGGGGGGUUUAAAAAGCGGGCAAGCCACAGCCCUAGGCACAAUUUCGGCCCUGACAUCUGCGACUAUGAGUGGUCACAACUAGGCAAAAGACACGAAACUUUUGCACAUGGCUUGCGUGUUCGGGCCCAUAAGAAAUUGAGAUCUCAACCCAUGCAGUAG